AGUUACCUCCCUCAAGAGAGGAAAAGGGAAAAAGAACACAGAGAGCACAACUAAGCGCGGGAAAGACAACUGCUGCAAACGGCAGCACACUUGUAUGCGAGAAACAGAAGAAAGAAGAAAACCCUAGUCCCUUUGAACUUCAAUUUUGUAUUCAGAGAGAUGGAAGAGAGAAGGGAAUUUCCGGCAUUUCCGUACGAACCCUAUUCCAUUCAGCUUGAUUUCAUGAACGCCCUUUACCAAUCCCUCAAUAAAGGCGGCGUUGCCAUGCUCGAAAGCCCCACUGGGACUGGUAAAACGCUUAGUAUAAUUUGCAGUGCUCUUCAAUGGCUUGUUGAUAAAAAGCAACAUCAGAAAACCCAGAUGGAUUCUUCUUUGAAUUUAGGUGGGAAUCAGGAAGAUCAGUUGGGGGUUGAUGAUGAACCAGAUUGGAUGAGGGACUUUGUCAUUAACAAAGAUACCAAAUCGCCUGAGAAGAAGACAAAGGAAAAGAAGCAAAUGGGGUUCAACAAAAAAAUUGAUAGGAAAGGAAAAAGGGACAAUGUGAGAGAUUUAAUUACUAACGGGGGUGGGAAGGAUGAAGAAACUGACACUGAAAAGGUAAAGAAUUUACUGACAAAACAUGAGGUUGAGGGAAUGGAUGAAGAGGAGUUUUUGGUUGAAGAGUAUGAGAGUGAAGAUGAAAAUGGAGGGCGAUCGAAAAGGAAGGGUGGUGGGGUGCCGGUUAAUUCCUCGAGUGAGGAAGAAAAAGAUGAAGAUAACAUGGAAGAUGAAGAGGAUGAGGCUAGACCCAAAAUUUACUUCUGUAGCCGGACACAUUCACAACUUUCACAGUUCGUAAAGGAGUUAAGGAAGACUAGAUUUGCUGAUGAAGUAAAGGUUGUAUGCUUAGGAUCUAGGAAGAAUUUCUGCAUUAAUAAAGAUGUAUUGAAGUUAGGCAGCUCCACCCAGAUAAAUGAGAAAUGUUUGGAGCUUCAAAAAAGUAGGAAGAAGGAAAUUUCUAAAAUAUCAAAGACAAAGAACAUCAGAGCUUGUGGCAGAGCAGGAAGGUCCAAGACUUCCUCAGGAUGCCCAAUGCUUAGGAAUCAGAAAAGAGGAAAAGAAUUUCGAAGUGAGGUUUCUCAACAAGGGCCCUUGGAUAUUGAGGAUCUUGUUCAGAUUGGAAAUGACUUAAAAAUUUGCCCUUACUAUGGCUCAAGAAGCAUGGUCCACACAGCAGAUCUUGUGGUUCUUCCUUAUCAAUCGCUUCUUUCAAAAUCAUCGCGUGAAUCACUUGGUUUAAGUUUAAAAGAUAGUGUUGUUGUCAUAGACGAAGCUCAUAAUUUAGCUGAUUCUCUCGUCAGCAUGUACAACGCAAAAAUUACACUGUCACAGUUGGAACUUGUGCAUUCACACUUGGAGAGUUACUUCAUACGCUUUCGCAAUCUGCUAGGGCCAGGCAACCGAAGAUAUAUUCAAAUAAUGAUGGUCCUUACUCGGGCUUUUCUACAAGUUCUGCGUGAUGAGAACUGUCAAAGCACCUUUGACCCCCUUUGUAAUGCUGAGCGAAGUAAAAGUGGCUUUGAGUCAUCCACGGCGAUAAACGAGUUUCUAUUUGCCCUCAAUAUUGACAACAUAAAUCUGUAUAAGCUCUUGUUGUAUAUAGAAGAAAGCAAUAUUAUGCACAAGGUAUGUGGAUAUGGACAUAAAUUAGCACUCUCCGUAGAAGUUUCAGGAUUGAAAAAUGACGAUCAAAGCAGUCAUGAUGAAAGUGCAUUAUCUGGUUUCCAAGCAUUAGUUAACAUGUUACUGUCACUAACAAAUAAAGAUGGUGAUGGAAGAAUAAUAAUAUCAAGGCCAAGGCCAAAAUGCUCAAUGCAACAAGGAGGGUAUUUGAAAUAUGUCAUGCUCACAGGAGAAAAGAUAUUUUCUGAGAUCUUGAAUCAAGCUCAUGCUGUCAUAUUUGCUGGCGGGACUUUGCAACCUAUAGAGGAAACAAAAGAACGCCUGUUUCCUUGGUUACCACCGGAUCAGUUGCAUUUCUUUUCCUGUGGUCAUAUCAUCCCAUCUGCAAACAUUCUACCAGUUGUUGUUCCUCAGGGGCCUUCUGGCCACUCCUUUGAUUUUAGUUACAGCGCCAGAAGCUCAUCAGUCAUGAUAAAAGAACUAGGGCUUUUGGUCUCCAAUUUGGUAAAUGUAGUUCCUGAAGGCAUGGUUCUUUUCUUCUCAUCAUUUGACUACGAAGGCCAGGUCUAUGAUGCAUGGAAGGAGUCGGGCAUCAUUGGAAGAAUUAUGAAAAAGAAGCGUAUAUUUAGAGAACCUAGAAGAAGUACAGAUGUGGAAACUGUUUUGAAGGAAUACAAGGAAACAAUUGAUGCACUGUCCCAUAGAAGUUCUAAGCGGGAUCCUGAAUCAAGAAAUGGUGCAAUUCUCCUUGCUAUUGUGGGUGGGAAAGUAUCAGAAGGUAUCAACUUCAGCGAUGGGAUGGGUCGAUGUAUAGUCAUGGUUGGAUUGCCCUAUCCUAGUCCUGCUGACAUCGAGUUGAUGGAGAGGAUCAAACAUAUUGAAGGAUUUGAUACUUCUAGUGGUAAGAACACCAAAUUUCAGGCUGAAAGAAGCUGGUAUAAUGGAGAUGCUCAAGCUGGGCUGGACAUCCUAAAAAGCUGCAAGCAUAGAGGGAAGCAGUAUUAUGAGAAUCUUUGCAUGAAAGCUGUGAAUCAAUCAAUUGGUAGAGCAAUUCGGCAUAUUAACGACUAUGCUGCCAUCCUAUUAGUUGAUAAACGCUAUACAUAUGAUCCUUCUGAAAGAAGCUCCUCACAGUCAACCAACAAGCUGCCCCAGUGGAUUAAAGGUCGGCUUGUUUCUGGAACAAAGAAUUAUGGAGAACUCCAGAGGCUGCUGCAUCAAUUCUUCAAGUUCCACAAAGGCAAAGAGGAUAACCAGUAAGAGGUCAUGGCCUAAAUCGCAGACCUCAUGAAUUAAUGUAUCGGUAUCAACAAAAAUUGAGAUGCACUAAUUUUGGGAUGUACAGCAAUGAUAAAUUAUAUAUUGAAUUAAUCUGCCAAAUCAUUUUCAUGAUUGUUGUAUAUGUUUAACUGAAUUCCAGCGUGUACUGAUCAAAAUUGGCCUGCACUUUGCUUAUUGUUGUUGUA